UUAAAACAAAAGUAAGGCUCUCACAUAACAGAAUACCUGUGGAUUUACUUUUUCCUGACUCAAAAAGUGAAAAUUCUCGUGUAUAUGGUGUACGGAAGGUCACAAUGGGGUUUAUGCUGUCCAAAUCCAUGGAUCAGAACUUGAAGAAACAGCAGGAAUUUAUGCUGAUGAACUCACGGCUUCAGUUGGAAAGACAGAUAUUGAUGCAGAACCAGAUGCGGGAAAGACAGAUGGCUAUGCAGAUUGCCUGGUCUAGAGAAUUUCUGAAGUAUUUUGGAACAUUUUUUGGACUUUCAGCAUUAGGUUUAACUGCAGGAGCCUUAAAAGCAAAGAAGCCAGCAUAUUUUGCACCUCUAGUUCCACUGGGAUUCAUUUUUACUUACCAGUAUGACAUGGCAUAUGGCACCUUGCUGAAUAGAAUGAGAGGUGAAGCUGAGAACAUAAUGGAAACAGAGUACGAAAAAUUAACAAUGCCUAAAGGUGUACCCACUUUUGAUAACAUUGAAAAAGCCAGAAGAGCUCAGAGCAAGUUUUUCAUUGAGAAAUAAUUAUGUUAGUGUAUGUCGCAGGCUGGAAAUGAAUUGUUAAAACUGACUACAGUUGUUUAAAUACUAUUUUAAACCAUGUUGCUGAUUAUUAAUUAAGAGAAAAGUAAUGUCAUAUCAAGAUGUUUUUACAAAUUAAAUCAGUUUCCAGUGCUGUCUUUAUCAUGUUCAGUUUGCGUUCACUAUUAUCAGCAAAGUAUUGUUAUAUUUUUUGCAAUCCCUUUGUACAUGGUAAGGGAAGGUACUCAUAUCCUCACUGCAGCAUAGCUGCCCUAAUCCUCUUCCACCUCAGUCCAUGGGCACUAUGUAGCUUUACACAGGUGUUUAAUUCCUCCAAGCUGGGGUUAUCACUGCCCCUCUUCACCAGCAAUGAUGGGUCUCAGACAGGAGGUAUUAGAGCCCGAAAGUCACCACUUCAUCAGCUAAUGAUUUGUUGGUUAGGCCCUACCACCUGUUUGCGGUCAUUGCUGUUUGUAGGAUAUGUGGGCAGUGAUGUGACGUAUGUAACUAUAACCACCCUGGGUUUUGGGUCAUUUACCCUACACAGGCCAUUCCACGUGCCCAGCAGCAUGACAGUUCAGUGCACCUCUUUGCACCAGAGCAACAAUAGAUGGUCUACCUUUCUCAUUAGCAUGCCAUCCACUUGGGAAAGGCAGGCAGGAAGAGCUUCUUUGUUCCUUUCCUUCCCAGCACCAACUCCAGUAGACACCUGAGCCACUAUUCCUCUGUACCAGCAGGCCUGACAUUGUCAGCAAAUUAUAGUGAGGAAAAUUGCAGUUUUGUUUAAGCAAUAAAGAAUGCCGUAGUGACGUUGUUUUUGGUUUAUAAAGUAUCACAUUGCCCUUCACUCAUUUGAGAGCAUUGGUAUCAUCUGAAUCUAAAAAAUGCUUGAAAUUGUAUUUAAUUUUUAUUAAAAUGCAGUAUCUGUA